GCUUGUGUGUAUUGCAUAGAGACAUGGAUGGUCAAGUGCAUUUCUUUCCAAGCACAAAGGGGCUCCUAGAAUUUGAUGAAAUAGCAGAAUUUAGGCGUGCUGGGGGACUUCUCCAGAACCAGAAUGAAAGAAGAGUGAGAGGAACAAGCCAGGAAAAGCAAAAGUCCCGGUUUCUAGUACAAGGUGAGAUGGCGAGCCCUUCAUUACUUCCUCCUCCAAUAUUAGACUCUAACGCUAAGGCCGCCCACGCAUCAGAGCCAAUUCAGAAAUUGGUUGAUGAGGCCACUAGACUUGUGGCAGAGGGCUCCGAAUUGAAGAGGGGCGUUUUGGAGUUCUUGCAAUCUAAGGAUUUGAACAAUGAGGCCACCACUCCAGAACUGAUAGCAUUGCAUAUGCUCAAAGUCCAGAGUGAUGGGUAUACAACUUCCCUGGAAAUGACUCAACGUUUGAUUGAGGCUUUGAAGAAAUAUGAGGUGGAAUGCAAGGACCGGCCUGCAUUGGAAGAUUGUUCCAUAAACUACAAACAAGAAGCCAUGCAUCAAUGUCAUCAAGCUGACUAAGAAGAGGUUCACUUGGUGUGCUUUAUUGGUUUUGAAUU